AUGCUCUUUUGCAAAGAGAGAGAGGAGGAGCAGAGGAAAUCAUCAAAAGAGAAGCUUAGGAAAGAGAAAGUCAUUCUCUUUUUUCUAUCUGUCCGUUGCUACCGGUGGAUUUGCUAGCGUGCGCGGGGAUUGAGCGGCGCACCAGAAAAAAAAAGUGCGAACGGAAAAAAGGGGGAAAAAGGGUAGAGAAAGCGGACACUGCGCAUUUUAGCAACCCCAUCUUCCACGGAGAAGCUCGAUUUUGUAGAUUUGAGAGGUUUUCUUUGUCUGGUGAAAUUUGUCCAUGGCUGCUCCUCCUGCAAGAGCUAGAGCUGAUUAUGAUUACCUCAUAAAGCUUCUAUUGAUUGGCGAUAGCGGUGUGGGUAAGAGUUGCCUUCUUUUACGGUUCUCAGAUGGUUCCUUCACAACCAGUUUUAUUACCACCAUUGGUAUUGAUUUUAAGAUAAGAACCAUUGAGCUUGAUGGUAAACGGAUUAAGCUCCAAAUUUGGGAUACAGCUGGACAAGAGCGGUUCCGAACAAUCACAACUGGUAUGUGUUUUGGUCCUCAUAAUUCUAACAUUUCAAUCUUAAGGAAUGAGAUGGUGUUGUUACUUGUUAUAUGCAUGAGGAAAAUGAUAUGGUGGUGUGUUAUGACAUUGCGGUCAUCUACUUGGAGAUUUCCAGGCUGAGACCAAUUUGGCCUAAAUUCUUCCAUUCUUUUCCAAGUUUGGGAGAAGAAGAAAUAUCAGAGGCCUU